AGGAGGAGAAGACGCACCUGGGCCGCCGCCGUUAGAGGGAAUCCCAGCCGACGCUCGCUCCCUCCCUCGGCUGUUGCCUUCGAAGUCUACCCUGCCGCGGGGUCUCCGCCUUCUCUUCCCGCUGUCGCCAGCUCCCGCUUAUCGCCGCGAUGGGGAUCCUGGACUCUGAGCAGGGCAGUGUCCUGAAUGCGGUGUCCACGGCGCUGAACGACACGGUGGAGUUCUACCGCUGGACCUGGUCGAUCACAGAUAAACGUGUGGAAAAUUGGCCUCUCAUGCAUUCUCCAUUGCCAACGCUUUGUAUAAGUACUCUUUAUCUCCUGUUCGUGUGGCUGGGUCCAAAAUGGAUGAAGUCCCGAGAACCUUUUCAGAUGCGCUUAGUGCUCAUUAUCUAUAAUUUUGGGAUGGUUUUGCUUAAUCUUUUUAUCUUCAGAGAGUUAUUCCUGGGAUCAUAUAAUGCAGGAUAUAGCUAUAUUUGCCAGAGUGUGGAUUAUUCUGAUAAUGUUCAUGAAGUCAGAAUAGCUGCUGCUCUGUGGUGGUACUUUGUAUCUAAAGGAAUUGAGUAUUUGGACACGGUGUUUUUUAUCCUAAGGAAGAAAAACAACCAAGUCUCUUUCCUUCAUGUGUAUCAUCACUGUACAAUGUUUACAUUGUGGUGGAUUGGAAUUAAAUGGGUUGCAGGGGGGCAAGCAUUCUUUGGAGCCCAAAUGAAUUCCUUCAUCCACGUGAUUAUGUACUCAUACUACGGGUUGACUGCAUUUGGCCCGUGGAUUCAGAAAUACCUUUGGUGGAAACGAUACCUGACCAUGUUGCAGCUGGUUCAGUUCUUUGUGACCAUUGGGCACACGGCACUGUCUCUCUACACUGAUUGCCCCUUCCCAAAGUGGAUGCACUGGGCUCUGAUCGCCUACGCAAUCAGCUUCAUAUUCCUCUUUCUCAACUUCUACAUUCGGACAUACAAUGAGCCCAAGAAAUCAAAAACUGGAAAAACAGCCGUGAAUGGUGUUUCAGCCAAUGGUGUGAACAAAUCAGAAAAACUGGUGAUGGAAAAUGGGAAAAAGCAGAAAAAUGGAAAAGCAAAAGGAGAGUAAAUUGAACUGGGCCUUAACUGUUAAGUUGACAGUAAGGAAUUUCCCAUUUCAUAUAAAAUUUCAGGGAAAACAGAAGCAAAUGAGGGUUUGGGGGUGGGGAGAAAAAGGCAAAUGUGCUAUGUAUUAGUAACCUUUAGACUGAGCAAAGUGUUAAAGACCAUACCCCAAUGUUUUAUUUAUGAAGUUUUUAUUUUAAAGAUUUUUUUUAUUAGCUUUGAUGUUGUCCAGACCAAAGCAAUUAUUAAUGUGACUUUGGAGGCUCUCCCUCUGUUCACAUCUGUUUGUCUAAUGCAUGAGAUUUUUCAUGUAUCAUAUGCUGUCAUUCUUCAGUCUGAUGAUCACAGAAACACAGUCUUUAUGAGUUUUUUUGCUAAAUUAUCAAUUAUUUACUAGUUAAAAUCAAUUACCUUACAUUUUUCUGGUCCAAAGCUGGAAAUGCAGAUGCUUUACAAUUUGCACAUUUGAAUUCAUUUGCUGACUGAAAUGGUCGACUCUCUCCACCACUAGUCUGAAAUACCCUUUUGGUUGUAAUUUGAUUUUAAAAAUCUGAUGAUCUCUGUAGACUUUUUAGAGGCUUGAUGAUGAUGGUGUUGGUGAAAAAAAUGAAUUAUAGUAAAAUCCUGUGUAGCGACCCAAAGGUCACCAUGCCUUGUGGCACAAAUCACUGUGGGGAAGAGCUUUUGCGAUGAAAAGGCAGCCUUUCAAUACUUUUGUUACUAUCAGAAAUAUAUAUUAUGCAAAUUAAGAUUAAUGUCUGAU